AAUCUACAAAGCGCUUGUAAUAGAGUUCUACUAGUUCUUUAGUCUAUGUCUUGAGGUUGCUGACGGAUCAUGUUUUGAAGUGGAUAGAAGUAUAAAGUGUUAUUUUUGUGAUGAGUGUACGUGUUAUUUAUAAGAAUGCCAAUUCAGGCGCCUCAGUGGACGGACUACCUAACCUGUCCGGUGUGCUGCCGAGAGUUCGGUGCUCCGCCCCGGAGUCCUAUCAGCCUCAGCUGCGGCCACACCCUCUGUAGGCACUGUCUGAUUCACCUUCAUCGGAAACAAUGCCCCUUCGACCAGACGAUCAUACAAGUUGAACCCGAGGAGUUGGUUGUGAACACGGCGCUGCUUCAGCUGGCGGGCUAUGCGCCACCUUCGCAGCCGUAUCAGCCGCCUUGUAUCAAGGCUCUCCCGGAGUCGGACAGGCAGGCGUACGACACUGUUAUACGCACCAUGGAGGAACUUGCUGUAUUCUUGAAAUGCUCCGGAAACGCCAAUAUGAGUGGCAACGGGAAUCGACUUUCGAGGCCUAUGCAGAGGAAGCUGGUAACGCUGCUGCAGUGUUCGAUAACAGACGAGGAAGGUCGGGGCAGGGCCGCACGGGCAGCCAGGUCUCUUGGUGAACGGACGGUCACUGAACUCAUACUUCAACAUCAGAAUCCGCAGCAGCUAAGCGCCAACUUAUGGGCGGCAGUGAGGGCGCGUGGUUGCCAAUUCCUUGGUCCUGCUAUGCAGGAAGAGGUGUUAAAAUUGGUACUCCUCGCACUCGAAGACGGUUCCGCACUCUCCCGAAAGGUACUAGUGAUGUUUGUGGUUCAAAGACUGGAGCCGCAUUUUCCGCAGGCCUCAAAAACAAGCAUCGGGCAUGUAGUGCAGCUUCUGUACCGCGCCUCAUGUUUUAAGGUAUCGAAAAGGGAGUCAGAUUCGUCGCUCAUGCAACUCAAGGAGGAAUUCCGUACGUACGAUUCAUUGAGGCGCGAACACGACGCUCAGAUAGUUCAGAUCGCCACCGAAUCAGGUUUGAGAAUCGCACCCGAUCAGUGGAGUGCUUUGUUGUAUGGCGACACCGCGCAUAAGAGUCACAUGCAGAGCAUCAUAGAUAAAUUACAGACGCCUCAGUCAUUUGCCCAAUCGGUCCAAGAGCUGUUUGUCGCGCUGCAACGUACCGGAGACCCGGAACAACUGGUGACAAUGAGCAUGCAUCUCGAUAAACUCGCAAACAUCGACGCCAACGCCGAUGCUAAAAGCCCAACAUGGAAGCAAAUGGCCGAUGUGAUGACGUCAUUAAAGGAGGUUGUGAUCGGACUGAUCAAUUACAUUCAGCAACAAGCGGCCGGAAAAGACAUGAACCAAGGGCAAAAGGAUCUACGAAACGAACCAUCAACUAGUCAAUCAUCACCGCAAGCCCGUACGACACCGACACCUACCCAGGGGAGGUACAAGAUGGCUAUGUGUAAGGAUGUUCUGAGAUCAUUGUGUCCGAGGGGAAAUUCAUGCAUGUAUGCACAUUCUGAAGAGGAACUAGAAAGAUAUCGAGCGAUGAUGGCAAACAUAAAUGGACACUUUCAGUUCAUGCCCGGGAUAGUAGGAGUGCCCGCUCUCCAGCAUGGACUGACGCCGAUGCAACCUGGCUUGGCACCGAUCCUACCUGGUCAGCCAAUACACAUAAUUCCCAACAUGUAUAAUCAAUUCGCGAUGCCACAACACGUCGACCCCUCUGCUUUCGGUGCCCAGUCCAUGCAGGGAAUGCCGCCUCAAUCGAUGCAGUCGCAAGGAAUCCAACCACAAUCAAUGCAAUCCCAGGGAAUCCAACCGCAAUCGAUGCAACCCCAAGGAACCACACUGCAAUCUAUGCAAUCCCAAGGAAUGCAACCUCAAUCGAUGCAAUCUCAGGGAAUCCAGUCACAAUCGAUACAACCCCAAGGAGUCCAACCGCAAUCGAUGCAAUCCCAGAGUAUCCAACCACAAUCAAUGCAAGCCCAAGGAAUCCAAACGCAAUCGAUGCAACCCCAGGGACUGCAAUCGCAGCCACAGGGAUUACGGCCCGUGCAGGCUGCCUCUGUGGAAAUGCCCGAACUGAUUGACCUGCAACAAAAUCCGAAUUUCGUUCAACAAAAUAUGCCGUCGGGUCCGCGUCGCAUCUACGAUCUUAACUCUGGCAAUCCGAACUUUAACUUCGCCCAGCAGUAUCAGCACCCUGAGUAUCCGACUUCGGUGUAUGGGGUGCCGGAAGGAUCCAACCAAAUGUACAUGCCGACGGCUUCUAACCUCUACCCCUUCGAAGACGGAGCAGCGCCAAUCCAGUCCCCGAUCGACAUCCGUUCUGAAUUGCGAUCCGACAUCCGCGUGAACAUCCCGGCUCCGCAGUAUCCUUCGAUGCAUCACGUCCCGAGGACCGAAGUGACCUGGCCAGUUGGGCCGAUGCCCCCGAUAUCCCAGAUGUCUCAAGGACAACAAGUGCCCCCCGGCCCACAGGUGCCUGUUACCGAUGUAUACGCUUUCGAAAAUAUCCGUGAUGCUCUGCCAACUGUCGCUCGCAGCUCGGCCCCUUUAGACAGGCGUUUCCCAUCCGAUAGACGCGUCGUAGGAUCCGAGCGUGGAGUACCUCCACCUCACCCGUCCUUUUUCGCGGACGGCGCAGAAGAUCAACUCGAAGAGGAGCUACUCGCUCUAGAGCGUCGCAUAGACACCGAAUUCAAAAGCGCUGAUUAGACUCCAGCGUCGGAAUACGUUCAGAUGUCUGUCUCUGUGCAUUACUUUUGCGUUUUGUUCACGGCUUUGUACUUCUUGGAUAGAUAAUCGAAACAAAAUCACUAUUAACGAAAACAAUACAUUUCAUCAAAGCUUCAUGUUAUUUAAUACCCUAUCGAUCAAUCGAGAAAUUAUAUUAAUUAAAUGUAUAAAAGAUAUAACUGUCAAAAGUUUUUUAAUAAAAAAUAUGAUAAUAAUGAGAUCGUCCAUUGGGCAGGCCUGGUCGUUGUUUUAAGUUAAUGAAUUUUAAACGGGUCGUAUUUUAUGUAAUUUAGUGUUUUAUUCUAUUAAAUUUUAUUUUGUUUGUAUUAUAGUAAUGACGUCCCAUUGUAUUAUACAUUCAGAAACGCGCAGUAUUAUUAAAUACAUAUGUAUAUGGUCACAGGGAACUACUUAGCCGUGAACAAUUUAUUUAUUUAUAAUUUUAUUUUCUUGCCGAAUGUGUUAAGUACUUAAUUGUUUUAAAUUGAAUGACAAUCAAAUUAUUAUUGGCAUGUUGAUUUAGAUUUUAUUUAUUCUUUAAUUUGUAUUAAUACCAUCACUUGCUUAUAAUUACGGAGUAAAGAUAUACGCAUCUUAUAAAAUUGACAUGUAAAAUUAACACUCUUUUCGUGGGCUCACACGACCCAUCUGGUGUUAAGUGGUUACUGGAGCCCAUAGACAUCGACAAAGUAAAUGCCGCCCCAUCUUGAGACUUGAAUUCUAAGUUCCAGUUUGAUUAGUCUAAGGUUCGGUUGCAAUAUUGCUACAUUAUUAUAAUAAAUAUAAUUAAGGCUCCUUUAUGAACUAGAUACAGUCUAGCUAUGUAUGUAAAGGAAUGUUUUAAUUUAAUUUUCACAAAUCCAAAAACUAUGGCUUAACUUGAAUAUGUAUUUGCACAAAAGGACCGUUGACAAAACAAUAGUUUUAUAACAUUUGAUUAAUAAUCAGACCAGUAAAGCGGGAAUUAAAAAAAUAAAAUUAAGCUUUUAUUUCAGUUUGUACUAAAGCGUCUUUUUUUGUUUUUAAACUUAUAUUUUACUUAAUUGAAAGUAACUUCGAAUUGUUUUUUCUCUCGCUACCCUAAAAUAUAGCAGUAUAAAAAUAGCAGUAUUAAAAAUCUAAUAAUUAUUAUAAAUCAAACUUAAAAUUCCAAUACCGUCGUGACAACGCAAGUGAUGGUAUUUAAAUAAAUUGUGCUCACAUUAUUACAAUAUUGACAUGUAAUUUAAUUUUAUGAAAUUUUUAAUAUGAUGUUUUAGAAUGUAUUAUUAUUCAAUUUUUAAUAGAGACGAUAUGAAAUAAUAUUAUGGAGUAUUCCGAACUCUGUUUAUUUAGAUUUUAUUUUAUCAAUGUGAUUCUAAAUGAUUUUAAAACUAGACUACAAAUUACAGAUCUAUAUCGAAAAUGAUUUUAAAACUGGAUAAAAAAAUAUAUUUUUUUUUGUUUUUGCUUUGAUUUCUGUCUCUGCGCUUACUUUUUUACUAACUUUACUAAAACAGCAGGAACACUCGAUAAAACAAUAAUUGUAUCAUUGUGUAAUAGUAUCACCGACGUGCACAAAUUUAAAAAGAUCAAUAUACAGGGUGUAAAUAGUUCGUUCUGAAAUUCGAAGCCGGAUUAAAGUAAAUAACUGAAAACGAUAUUAUUUUAUUAAACCGACCAUAAAUACGUGAGGUAUUUAUUGAAUUUCUACGAAACCAUUUGCUGGAUAGUCUCGCUUCCCCGGAUAAAACAGUCUUCGCGCCUGCUUUUUUAAAAAUAAACGUUGAAUUUCGAAUACAUUUUUUCCCCUACCUAAUCGUUGGUAGCUUAAGCAGCUAUUCCGACUUUGCGUGGACCGGUAGGGUGAGUAGGGAUAUAUAGGGGUAGGUGAGCUUUUUUUUAUUUAUUGCUCAAGUGGACGAGCCACUGCCCACCUGGUGAUAAGCGGUUACCGGAGUCCAUAGAUAUCUACAACGUCAAUGCCGCCACCUACCUUGAGAUAUAAGUUCUAAGGUCUCAUUAUAGUUACAACGGCUGCCCCACCCUACAAACCGAAACGCAUUCUCACGCACGCUUCACGGCAGAAAUUGGCAAGGUGGUGGUACCUACCCGUGCAGACUGAUAAGAGGUCCUACCACCAGUAAUUAUGCAGAUUAUAAUUUUGCGGGCCUAAUUUUUACUACACGAUGUUAUUCCUUCACCUGAGAAAAUUGCUAACACUAGCCCUAGCAAGAGCAAUGCUUCGCUGAAUCUACUACAGGAUCGGAAUCGCGAUCGACUGAGAAGAUCCGGCGGGAAAUUCAGCGGAUUAAUGAAUAGAAUUAUUUCAACAUACAAGUGUUUCUUUGUGAUUCUUACUUUGUAGUUCUUAGCUCCCGGUCUUCAGUUUUUUGGAACGAUCAUAUACACUCUGUAUACAACAGUAUGGAUAAUGCAUGGCAGAGACCUAAUAUUGUACUUUUUUUAAGCUUAAUGACCCAUUAAAAUAUCUGUAUGUACAUAAUAAUAUAUAUUUUUGUUUGUUUCUUGUUAGUUGUGUUCUUGUAUAUGUCAUUGUGUAAAAUUGUUUUAUAGAUUCUAAUACAAAAUAAUAGGCUUUUCUUGUUUUAUAAGUUGUAAGAUGGAAAAACAACGUACACAAACAAUAUUUAAUAAUAAUUGACUUUAUUAAAUUUUGUUAUUUUAAAAAUUAUCAAUAUUAAUUUUAGGUAAAAUUACAUACGAACAUUGAAAACCGUUUCUCUAGUUUACAACAAAACGCACUCUGGUACGAUCUUAAAAUAAAUUUAAAUAAAAAAAAAAACUGAAAUAAAUCUAUUAUAAAUAAAAGCAUUAAUAAAAAUAAAAAGUCACAAAAAAAUUAAAUAUACUAAUUAUGUGUUAUAAUGUAAUAUUCUGCGAGAAUGUAUAUUAAAUACAAGUUCAGUUUUGACGUCAGAGCACCUCUUCGUUUGCACUAUUAAUUUGUGAACGGCAAUCAAUCAUUCGGUACAUUAUUAUUUUUCUACAAAAAACGCAAUAAUUUUACAAUCUGGACAGGCUAUUUUUGAAAUCUCGCCUAAUGACCUAAAGGUCUCUGUCACCAGGUCAUAAAAUUAAAAAAAAAAACUCGCCUAAAUUACAUUUUAACGUUCGAAAUUUAAAUAGCACUAUUUGAUUUUUUACUUUAGACCAAUCACAUAAAGCAUUGGAACCUCGAAAAAUGGUAGUCGCGAAUUCUUGAUCCGUUCUUAUGUUAGACGCCGUGUGCAAUGUAUAUUGAACCCUAAUGUCGUAUUCUCAAUUUUACUCAUAAUAUCCGCGUAUUUAUAGUACACGUGUACGGUUCGCCAGUAAUAUGUAAAUAAUGAUUGAAUUAAAAUGUAUGAAUUUGUGUGAGUUUUAAAUCGGAAGUUUCACUUUCGCUUUUCGUUAAAAUUAAAAUAAUUGGUUUAUUUAUUUAUUGUUGUGAUUAUCUGUGGGCGCGUAUCCGUCACCCUGGAGUUACGAUAGGUGUAUUUUUUAUUUCACAGAAAGAACAUUAUUUAUGUUUUUUUUUAAAUAUACUGUUGUUGUAUAAAUGUUCCAUCUCUACGUUUUUAAAAGUGUGUAUGAUAUGCGGUUUUGUAUUCGUACUUACUGACUUAUGAAAUGCGCUUAUGAGUCACGGCGUGACGCAUUUGAGGCUUUGUGUCUGAAAAGCUUGAACAUAACAAUUUUUUUAAACGUAUUUAUUAGUCUUGAACGCACGAAGCCGACAAAUGUGUGACGUUGGAAUGACGUUAGUAGAAUUAGGAUGUGUGAUUAGAUCAGUGUAUCGGAAUGAAUUCUAAGGCUGGUGACUCGUCGUAUCGACUAAAUGUUUAAAGUAAGGAAAUUAAUUGAAAAAACAACUCUACGCUGAUUAGUUCGUUAACUUGUUUGCCUACCAGAAAUUAAGAUUUAAGUUACAAUAGAAUUUUAACUAAUUAUUCUCAAACUAAACUGAUACUUUACUUGAAUUUAGGCUUACACUUUUCAAUAAUGCAAUAUAUAUUUAUAAAUCCGUGGAUAAAAAUUUUAAUCGAAACAGUCACCAUUUAUCGUUAAAUAUAUCGAUGACAUAUUUAAAUAUAACAAAAUUUCAGUCCCAAAUCAGCAUAAAAUAUUCGGUAAUACUAACGGAAUCGUAAUAUAAAAUUCUCAGAAUAACCGUCCAGAUAAAUGUAUCGAUUGAAAUCACAAAAACGUAUAUCUAACGCCAACCCGCCUAUUUCUGCCGCGGAAUGCCUUCAUGCGUGGCUGUUUGAACGGUAGAACACCCUUUAAAUAAAUGGAGACUAACCUAUGUCACGACUGUUGACGUUGACAUACGAGCUGUCAAAAUUGAUUUUCGGAUUUCGUGACGAUGGCGCAAUAAAUCAAUCCACUCGAAACUUAACUAACAGCUUAAUUCAAACUUAAAAUAUAUUAAAAUAAAAAAUGGCACUAAAUAAUAUUAAAAAAAUUAUUAACUAUUCAAAUUUUUAUUAAUUGUAUUGAUUUUAAUAUUUCAAACGGCUUUUUCGUUUGUUCUAGUUAAAAUGUAAUUUUAAGUAUAAUGAUUAAUAAAUAUAUAGUAUAGGCGUCGAGUUGUUUUUUCACUUACAUGUUUGUAAUAUUAUUAUUUAUUGGAAGCUAAGACUUUCAAUAACGUAUACCUUGCAUUUGUUUAAGAAUGCAUUAUAAUUUUUAUUCUCUUACAUUACGUAAAUGUAUGUUUUAAGAAAUUGAACUAAUUUAACUUAGUGUGAUAAGAAUAUAUUAUGUAUAAAUUUUGUUACUAAAUAUGUAUAGGGCCAGAACUCGAAUCAAGAAAGCAGGUUUUAGUGCGACGUCUACGUCAAAAGUUCAGGCAAAAUUUAUAUUUACCGACAAUUCCAACGUUAAUAUCCGUCACGUUACAUUUCAAAACGGAUCCGAUUUUAAUUAUGAGCAUGCGUUGGUGGAUCCAGGGGGGAGUCAUGGGGGUCAUGACCCCCCUGAGCUAGUUCCAGGACUUGAACUAACUUGGACUAAUUGAAGAACAUCAUGAUUUUAUUUAUUAUCUAUUGUUAUCAAAAUUAAAUUAUAAGUUCUUAACUUGCCCACGACUAUGUGACCCCCGUCCUGGCGCCAAAGCUGGAUCCGCCCUUGAUUGUAUCUUUCUUUUACCAAUUUCGCGUUUCAAUUAGGCACCGCACUAGAAGCCCGCGGUCUUUCGUUCUGCGCAUCAUCUUAAACUAAAGUUUUCAAACGGUGCAUAAUUUAACUAUAAUAAUACUCUGUCUAGUUUUCUCAUUAGACGGCAGAGGGUCGUAAUGGUCAAUUUAAGACAUGCCGUGUUGGAGGAUGUGAUUCUCGCGACACACGCGACCGCGUCUGUGAUUGUGUAGCGUCUACAUUGCAUACGAGAAUAUUUAUAUUAUAUACAAUUUAGUUUUGGUUUCGUAAUGUAACGUUCGCUUUUUACGAAACAUUACAAUUACAUGUUAUAUGACCGUCCCGCUGGAAACAUUAAUUGAUAUAUUCACUGCUGCCCACGAACAAAUGGUACCGUUAAUGAAAACCUUCCAUUAUUAAACUUAAAAAAAAAAACUUAUCGAUACAUAACUAAGGAUAUCUACAAUGUUAAAGUAAUUAAAUAUGUGUCUAUCAAUAUAUAAAUAAAAAUAAAAACGAAAUAAAUGAUUGUUGUCUGUGUGUGUUUAUACUUAAAUAAUUGAAAUGUAUUAUUGAAUUUGAAAAUAAAAUAAAAUUUAAAAAUGUAACUAUUGGUAUUUGUUGUGUAUCGAAGAUAAGUGACCCGUGCAUCUAGUUGAUAGUGAUUUUGUCAUUAGAAGUUUCCUGUUUUUGUUGCAUAGAUGUGUUUUUAUCAUUAUAAAUCGAUGGAAUAAAUUAAUCAAUGUGAAAA